UUAUUGUUGAUCAGAUAAGAAAAUGCACAUCAUUUUUAGUUAAUUAAAAAACAUUUGUUUGAGUUUGUGAUUUUGGCCCACUGCUCAGUCCAUGAUGCUGCCACCGCCGUGCCUCAGCAGAAUAACUGAACCAGGUUUUUAUUUAACGUAUGUUAGAAAUGUUGGAUUUCUGUUGAAUCCGAUCCACUGGACUUUUUAUAUUUCCCUUUCCAAGCAUCAAACCUUCCUGUAGUGUUUCAAAUGGAUCUUCAUCAGUGGUUCUCUGGGCUUUCUGAAGGUCAAUCCAAGGUCAUCUUUGGAGAAGAAACGUUCAGAAAACCUGGAGAAAUUAAAGUUUGCCUCCUUGGAAAGAAAAACUGCAGAACCGAGAACUGGACCAGAACUUUACCAGAAUCAUCUGCCACCAUGAAGGAAACUUUCUGAACAAAUUCAUGUUUACAUCAGUGGAAGAUAAAAAGGAGCAGUUUCAUGCAUAAUCAUGAAUAUUUUCAGCCAGCAGUGUGUGUGGGUGUGUGUGGGUGUGUGUGUGUGUGUGUGUGUGUGUGUCAGAGGACGUUUGGAGGAGGAUCUGCUGUAACUUAAUCUCUGCUCCGCUGCAGGUUUUCAGUCUGAAAGCAGCUUUGUUCUCUGGCUCCACAUCAGCGUCACACUGACCCAGUAAGACCAGUAAGAGCCAAACAGAACCAUUGCAUGUGACAGAACCUUGGCUUUCUGAUCCAGACUCACACAGAACCAACAGAACCAGCCGGUCGGACCCGUGGUUCUUCUCCUGAGCAGCUGGAGGAGCAUCUGCAGGGAUCCGUUAACCUUUCCCUGCGACCUCCCGCUUCAUCAGACGUGUUGACGUGUGGUCUCUACGUGGAGCGCGACCUCGACGGGCGGCAGGGGUCAGAGCUGGAGAUGUUCCUGAAGCUGCACCAGUUCACCGAGUGGCCAGCAGAGGGCAGCGAUGCUCCGCUUCAACAGCACCGAGCUGCAGUCUCUGCUGCUCUCCGUCCUGCAGCACUGCCUCAACAGCAGCGGCCUCCAGCCGCCCGGGAACCACACUACCCAUGAUGCUUUGCAGCAAGCGGCGGCCUCCGCCAGGGGGCGCCCUCAGCCUGAGGAGCUGAUGUUCAUCCUGCUGGUGGUCGGCCUCUUCAGCUUCUUCACCUUCGGCAUCAUGCUGAGCUACAUCCGCUCCAGGAAGCUGGAGAGCUCCCAGGACCCGUACCACCAGUACAUCGCCCACGACUGGAGCGCCGUGGCGGGGCCGCCCAGGGCCGUAGCCGAGGCGCUGCAACGGGGGGCCCAGGACCCAGUGGUCCUCUGCAACCCUGCGGCUCUGCAGCCGCUGCCGGAGUAAACCGACGACGAUUCUCCAGGCCUGGAGGAUCAUCUGAGGAUGACACAGCCACCCUGCUGCCACCGGACAGUAAAACAGCCUCUCAGCAUGAUGGUGCCCCCGCCAUGCUUGACACUGUAUGUCAAAAAGUGAGAUACUGGGAAGAUUUUAAAUAAAUAAUCUUUAAUGUCUCACAGCAACCAAA